AUGCUGCUUUUUAAAUUGGGCCAGUCGUCUGCACUUUGCGGUGCCGUUCUACGCACCACAUCGGGACUAAACGGAGCUCAACGCCAGGCUGUCGCGGCAGUGAUCAACUCCCGCCACUAUGCCAGUCAAGCUACACAGGCCGUGUUGGAGAAGCCGGCGGCAGUCGCCGCCACCGCUGUGGAGAAAAAACCUGCCGUGGCCGUCGAAUCCAAAUCGUUUGCCGUCAACAUUUUCAGGGGGCAGAUCGCCACAUCUCAAGUGUUUCCCUAUCCUUCCGUCCUGAAUGAAGAGCAGGAGCAGUUUCUCCGGGAGCUGGUGCCACCCGUGGGGAAGUUUUUUGAGGAGGUGAACGAUCCAGCCAAGAAUGAUGCCUUGGAAAAAGUGGAGGACCACACCAUGGAGGGUUUGAAAGAGAUGGGAGCCUUUGGCCUGCAGGUGCCGGCUGAUCUGGGCGGCCUGGGCCUCACCAACACGCAGUACGCCCGGCUGGUGGAAAUUGUCGGCACCCACGACCUCGGCGUGGGCAUCACGCUGGGCGCCCACCAGUCUAUCGGCUUCAAGGGCAUUUUGCUUUUCGGGAAUCCGGCUCAAAAGGAGAAAUACCUGCCUAAACUGGCAUCGGGGGAGCACAUUGCCGCCUUUUGCCUGACCGAACCAGCCAGUGGUUCCGACGCCGCCUCCAUCAAAACCACAGCUGUGGAGUCCCCCUGUGGAAAAUUCUUUACUCUCAACGGCAGCAAAAUCUGGAUCAGUAACGGCGGACUGGCUGAGAUCUUCACCGUUUUUGCCAAGACGCCAAUGAAGGAUCACGCCACCGGUGAGAUGAAGGACAAAAUCACCGCUUUUGUCGUGGAGAGGAGCUUCGGCGGAGUGACCAGCGGGCCGCCAGAGAAGAAGAUGGGCAUCAAAGCCUCCAACACGGCCGAGGUUUACUUCGAUAACGUCCGCGUACCGGCCGACUGCGUGCUGGGCGAGGUGGGAGGCGGCUUCAAAGUGGCCAUGAACAUCCUCAACAACGGCCGAUUCGGCAUGGCCGCCGCACUCUCGGGCACCAUGAAAGGAGCCAUCGACAAAGCGGUGGACCACGCGGCAAACAGGACCCAGUUCGGCAGCAAGAUUCACACCUACGGGGCCAUCCAGGAGAAGGUGGCCCGCAUGGCCAUGCUGCAGUACGUCACUGAGUCUUUGGCCUACAUGAUCAGCGGCAACAUGGACAGCGGAGCUACUGACUUCCAAAUCGAGGCCGCCAUCAGCAAGAUCUUCGCUUCGGAAGCUGCAUGGACGGUGACCGAUGAGUGCAUUCAAGUUAUGGGCGGAAUGGGAUUCAUGAAGGAUUCCGGCGUGGAAAGAGUAAUGCGGGAUCUGAGAAUAUUCCGGAUCUUUGAGGGCACCAAUGACAUUCUCAGGCUUUUUGUGGCCCUCAAUGGCUUCCAGAACGCCGGCAACCAGUUGAAGAGCUUACAGAAAGCCUUGAAGAACCCACUGGGCAACGCCGGACUCCUGGCGGAGGAACUGACAAAGAGAGCCAAGAGGAAAGCGGGCAUGAGCACGGGCUUGACCCUUCAAGGAAGCGUCCACCCUGAGCUGUCCCAGUGCGGAGACCUGGCCGUGGAAGCCAUAGAACAAUUCGGAACGGCUAUCGAAGAGCUUCUUAUCAAACACGGCAAGAAGAUUAUCGAUGAGCAGUUUGUGUUGAUGAGGGUGGCGGACUGCGCCAUCGACAUUUACAGCAUGAUCGUAGUCCUCUCGAGAGCCUCGCGCUCGCUUAGUCGCGGUCAGCCUUCGGCCCAACACGAGAAGAUUCUGGCCGAGACCUGGUGCGUUGAGGCCCACGGGAGACUCAUGAGGGAUAUCAAAGCACUGCGCUCUAAGCGCUCCAGGCAACUCUACGGAAAUUUUCGGGCUAUUUCCACCGCGGUGGUGGAGAACGGCGGAACGGUCGCCUCUCACCCGCUGGGUUUCUAA